AUGUGCUCACUAAACAUCCGAUUGGAAGAUUUGGCCGCAUCGUUAUCAACCAAAGACGUGUUAAAAUUAUCACGGAUGAUUCUUGAGAAAGCCAAAUCUGAGAAAGAUGGUACAACUUCUACGAGUUCGAGUAAUACCAUGACUGAUCAACCUUCGAUGCUUCCAGAUGGUUACAU